AUGGUCGUGUCAGCGUCGACGUCCACUCACCAAAAGAGAAAACAUGAUUCUUCACCAGUCGAAUACUACAACUGGUAUCAAAUGAUCACCAACCCACUUCAACUUGCAAGACACGGCUACUUUAAUCAACUACAAUCAACUAUACUAGCACUAGAACAAAAGUAUGCAAACUAUAAGUGGUUCAGUGAUGAUGAAAAAGAUGAUGAUGAUGGGAAGAAGAAGACAUGGGUACCCAAUUUAAAUGAUACUAUCAAAUGUGUAUUACAACAUUCAUUGGUUUUAAAGUAUCGUAGUGAUAUUUUGAAUAAACAACAAAACCAUCAACAACAACACAACGAGGACGACUCAUACAACUACUACUCAAAAGUAAAUCAAUUCAUUCAAGAGUUUAUUUAUCCGUGGUAUGGAGUGAACAACUUGGAUGAAUUUACAAAAUCGGUGAUUACAUUCUCUUUGAAUAGUGGUAAUAUAGAACUCAUCAAAUGGAUAGAAUCAAUUCACAACAAUAAUAAUAAUAAUAAUAAUAAUAAUAAUAAUAAUAAUAAUAAUAACUUGAUCAACCUAUUGGUUAGGUACAAGAUUAAACAUCAACAUAUAUUCAAUAACCGUGACAGUCAAUCUAUUGUCUACCACUAUUUCACUUUAAUACCUUCAUCCUCUUCAUCCUCUUCCUCCUCAGUUGAUGCAUCUACAUAUCAAUUGUUGGUAGAAGACUUUUAUUUCCGAUUAGGGAUGUAUAUUAGAGACCAAGGGGAAGAAGGGUGUACACUAUUGAUCGACAAACUAUUUGACAAUCACCAUAUAUUGGAGUUACCAGAAAAUGUUCAAAGUAUCAUAUUGACAUCUUGUAUAACCAAAAGUCAUCCACGUGUCUUGGAGAUUACAAAAUACUAUUUACAACAUGAAUCUCUGGUUACUGUAGUUGGAAACUAUGUAAUGGUAUUGGAUGAUGCGUGUUUGUCUAGUGUGGGACUACCACUAGUCCUUCUCAUCGACAAGUACUUUCCAACAGAGUAUUCAAUCCAGUCUAUGCAAAACGCUAUUCAAAGAGGUGAUAUUGAAUUGGUUCAAUACCUCAUCGAAACCAAGUCACUCGUCAUCGAUAUGGAUGUUGCAGCCAACGAAGGUCAAAUUGAAAUCCUCGAGAUGGGAGUCACCGCCAAUUUACAGUGUACCGAUACUGCAUUGACAUGUAUUACUCGUGGACACUUGGACACUUUUAAAUGGGUGUUGGAGAGAUCCCCAUUACUUAUUAAAGAUACAAACAUCAAUACAUUGUUAACCAACGCGGUAUCCAACUCUAACUGUACACCCGAUAUGUUUAAAUAUUUCGUGUCGAGUUAUUACCUGGCUGCUGCUACCUCUUCUCAGGUGACAAAGAUCAACUAUGAUUUGUCAAUGCAACCAGCUAUCAAAAAUGGGAGAUUGGACUUGGUCAAGACGAUUGACCAGCUGACUGUAGAACACGGCUUUACACUCAGUCCCACUUACAUGUCACACUUUUGCGCACCAAUAACAUCGCCAUCUGCCAAACUUGACAUACUCAAUUAUAUUUGCAGGUCAACUGAAAACGGACCAACUAGAUACUUUGGAAAGGAUCGUGUUGACCUAGCAUUUAGAAUUGGUUUGCUUAACGGGUCGUAUGAAUCUGUUAAAUUAUUGUUUGGAAUAUUAGAGACACAGUUUGGUGGAAAUACCAAACAAGCAAGAGACAUGUAUUUGAAUGCCAAUACUAUCGCUCAUGCAUUUGAGGGUGGUAACGAUUCAGCAGCUUCGUUUAUUCUCGAUCACUAUUCAGUUGACGAGUUGGUAGAAUCAAUAUACUCUAAUUUCGAUCAAGAUAUUGGAUUGUCAAUUGAAAACAAUAAUUUGCCAAUGGUACAAUUCCUCUACACCACCUUUAAAAAUCAUCACACCUUUACAAUCGAUCCCCAAACCCGACUCUUUAAUCCAACAUUUAAUUAUUUGGUUGAAAUGAAUUUAAUCAACAUUGGUAUGUACACUGCUGAUGACUCUGACCACCUAUCAACCAUAUUUGACCGGUUCAGUCAUAUUGGUCUUGAUGGAGUUAUUUGGCUUUUCGAAAAUGGUGUCACUCAAUGUCCCAAGAAAUCAUUAGAUGAAAUCAUUCAAAUUCACUCACCUGAUAUUGAUAGAGUUUUUAAAUUGGUGUUUAUAGUCAAUUCAUACACACGUAGUGUGAUCAUCAAACAUGUAAGAUGUAUCAAUCAAAUGAUAUCAUCACACUAUGAAAUGAAUCAUAUCAAAAAUUACAUUAUUCUUCAUAAUGAACCGAUUGAAUACUACAACUGGUAUCAAUUAAGUACUAUUCAACUUGCCAGAUAUGGAUAUUUUGAUCAACUACAAUCAACCCUACUACAACAAGAACAAAAGUAUGCAAAGUAUAAAUGGUUUGAAGAUGACAAUGAUCAAAAAGAGAAACAACAACAACAACGUAAAUGGAUACCAAAUUUAAAAGAGAUUAUCAAAUCUUUAUUAAAAUAUCCAAUAACAUUAAAGAAUCAUUGUGAUUUCUUAAAUAACAAACAACAAUAUUAUCAAGAUGAUGAUCAAAAGAGAAAUCAAUUGAUUCAAGAUUUUAUUUAUAAAAGAUAUGGAUUGGAUAAUUUAGAAGAGUUUACAACAUCGGUGAUUACAUGUGCAUUUGGUAAUAAUGGUAAUUUAGAGUUUAUUAAAUGGAUCGAAUCAAUUCAUAAUGAUAAUAUACUAAAUGUGAUGGAUAAAUACAAGAUUCAUAAUCAAAUAGUAUUUCAAUCAACCAAUCAAGACCUAGUGUAUUAUUGUUUUAAAAUAUUUCAAUCUCCCAACCACCCUCCAUCCACUUCAAAUGCAAGAGAAUCUUUUAUUGGCAGAUUCUUAAUGUACAUUGAAGAAAGAGAAUCUACAACCAUACUUAUCAGUCAUCUCUUUGAUAAUGAUAUGUCUCAAUUAAUGUAUCCCAUUAAGCUUUCAAUGAUUAAAAUGGCAAUCAAAAGAAAUCAUCCUAGAGUCUUGGAAAUAGUUCAAUACUAUUUAAAGAAUGAUAUUCUUAAAAAGAUGUUUUUUUUGAAACCUGGUAUGUCGGAUACUAUAUGCGGCUCUCCUAGUGCACUACCAAUCAUUCUUUGCAUUACAGAGUAUUUCCCAAACUUUCAUGAUUCAUUGACAGUUACAUUGUCUUCAAUCAACAAGGCAAUCAUCAAGAAAAAUAUACCAUUGGUUAAAUAUAUAUUGGAUCAUUCAACAACAUCAACAUCAACAUCAACAACAUCGCCUCCGAUUACUAUUAAUAUGGAUUGGGCAGCAAGAGUAGGUAGCAUUGAAAUACUAGAAAUGGGUCAACAUCUUGGUCAGAAAUGUACAAAUAUGUCAUUGCAUUGUAUUAUCGAUGGGUAUUUGGAAGCAUUUAAUUGGGUGAAUGAAAGAUACCCAUUACUUAUACAAGAGAUUGACGUUGAUUCAUUUAUCAAAGAUGCAAUAUCAAACAAAAAGUGUACACCAAAUAAUAUAAAAAUAUUCUUGUCUACUUUGACAGAAUCUUUCAAAAAUGAUACAGAGGCCUCUGGGUUAAAAGUAUCUAUAAACUAUGAUGCUGCAAUCGAUCUAUCAAUUAAUCAAGAGAGAUUGGAAAUGGUUGAAUUAAUUGACCAACUGGCCAAUCAAUAUGGAUAUACUUUAAAACCAAAUUUAUUAUCUCGAUUUGACAAGAGACCAAAAUCAAUAUCUGAUAGAGCUGAUAUAUUCAUGUAUCUCUAUCAUAAAGGGCACACGAAAUAUUUUGGAUCAAAUGUUAAAGAGUAUGGGGAUGCACUUAGAGAUUGUUUAUUUUAUCAAUUACAUGAACCUGCUAAAAUGGUGUAUAGUGUCUUACAAGGAAUGUGUGGUAGUAAUUCUCAAACGGCAAAGGAAUUAUACUUACUCAAAGAGAACACUAUAUAUCUGGCAAUGCAACAUGUUACUUCUUGCAAAUUCAUUCUAGAACAUAUAACAAUCCAAGAGUUGUUGAUGGCAUACACCAAAGUUGGAUAUCAAUUAAAUAGAGCUGUUGAAGAAUCAAAUGAUUUGGAAUUAGUUCAAUUAAUCUAUGAUACAUUUAAAGAUCACUAUAAGUUGUUUGUCAAUUCUGGUACUCAUAUUCGCGGUCCCAAAGUAUUCAAAUAUUUGGUUGAAAAGAAUUUAAUCAACAUCGAUACUUUUAAAGGACAACCCAAUGCAUAUCUAUUAGUUUGUCAGGCUGGGUUCAAUGCAUUUGUAUGGCUUCGAGAGAAUGGUAUAGUUGAAUGUGACAGUCAAUCAUACAUCAAGAUAUCAAAAUUUAACAAAGACAUGUCAACAUUUAUUCAAUUCAAUUGUACUAUUACCAAUGAUAAAGAUCAAAAAUAA